AUACCUCUUGCCACUGAAUGAAUGGACAUUUGAAAGUGCCCCUGUCAAAUGCUUGCAAGCAUGGAGACCUCAUCAAUGCUUUCCUCAUUGAAUGAUGAGUGUAAAUCUGACAACUACAUUGAGCCUCAUUACAAGGAAUGGUAUCGACUAGCCAUUGAUACUCUGAUUGAACAUGGGUUGGAAGCAUACCACGAAUUUCUUGCCAAGGAACGAGUUUCAGACUUUCUAGCUGAGGAAGAAAUUAAUUAUAUUUUGAAAAAUGUCCAGGAAAUUGCACAAAGUACAGCAUGUGGUACCGAUAAUUCUUGUGAUGAUACAUCAUCUUCAGGGACUUACUGGCCCAUUGAGUCUGAUGUGGAAGCUCCAAAUCUUGACUUAGGCUGGCCGUAUGUGAUGCCUGGACUCUUAGGCGGUACCCACGUAGACCUCCUCUUUCAUCCACCAAGAGCGCACCUACUUACAAUAAAGGAAACUAUUCGGAAGAUGAUAAAAGAAGCAAGAAAGGUUAUUGCUUUAGUCAUGGAUAUAUUUACAGAUGUGGACAUUUUCAAAGAAAUAGUCGAGGCAUCAACUCGAGGGGUAUCUGUAUACAUUCUACUUGAUGAGUCCAAUUUUAAUCAUUUUCUAAAUAUGACUGAGAAGCAGGGUUGUCAAGUUCAACGUCUCAGGAAUAUUCGAGUACGGACAGUGAAAGGCCAAGAAUAUCUUUCAAAAACAGGAGCAAAAUUCCAUGGAAAAAUGGAACAGAAAUUUUUGUUAGUUGACUGCCAGAAAGUGAUGUAUGGUUCAUACAGCUACAUGUGGUCAUUUGAAAAAGCUCACCUCAGCAUGGUUCAGGUAAUCACAGGACAGCUCGUUGAGUCAUUUGAUGAAGAGUUUAGAACUCUCUAUGCUAGAUCCUGUGUCCCCAGUUCAUUUGCUCAGGAAGGACCAGCAAGGGUGAAGAAUGGCAAAGCAUUCUGGGAGAAUGGCACUCACCAGCAUUCAGUUUCUUCAUUGGCUUCCGUUUCCAGCCAAAGAAACCUUUUUGGUAAACAAGACAAAAUUCAUAAACUAGAUUCUAGUUACUUCAAAAACAGAGGGAUGUAUACUCUCAAUGAACAUGAUAAGUACAGCAUAAGAAAUCAUGGAUACAAACCUCACUUUGUCCCAAACUUUAAUGGUCCAAAUACAAUCCGUCAGUUUCAACCCAGUCAGAUAAAUGAAAAUUGGAAAAGGCAUAGUUAUGCGGGGGAACAGCCGGAAACAACACCAUACCUGCUCCUUAACAGGGCUCUGAAUCGACCCAGUAAUACACCUGGUAAUUGGAAGAGGCCUUCAGAUAGUCUCAGUGUGGCAUCUUCAUCACGGGGAGGCUAUACAAGCCACCAUAACACACCUGCCCAGAGUUUUGCUGAUCGGCUUGCCCAGAGAAAAACAACAAAUCUUGCAGACAGGAAUUCGAAUGUGCGGAGGUCUUUUAAUGGGACAGAUAAUCAUAUUCGCUUCUUGCAACAACGAAUGCCAACCCUUGAGCAUACCACAAAGUCAUUCCUACGUAACUGGAGAAUUGAAUCCUAUUUAAAUGAUCAUUCAGAAGCUACACCUGAUUCAAAUGGAUCAGCUUUAGGUGACCGAUUUGAGGGCUAUGAUACUGAGAAUUUGAAAGCCAGUGCCCUUUAUACUCAUUCUAGGCUUCGUUCCUCUUUUGUAUUUAAACCAACUUUACCUGAGCAGCAGGAAGUUAACAGCUGUACGACUGGUUCCUCAAAUUCAACUAUUAUUGAUUCCCAGGGAAGUGACACACCUAAAGAGGUCCCAGACACCCCUACAAGUAUACAGCAUUUGACAGACAAACCAUUGCUAGAAUCAGUCCCUGAGUUCCCAUCACAGUCAGAGGUACCAAAAAAGCACAACUUGCAGUUUCCCAAAAACCACUCAACAGUCUUAAACCAAACUACAAAUGGCCAUACAGAAUCAAACAACUAUAUAUACACAACCUUGUGUGUAAAUAAGCAGACAGAAAAUCUGAAGAAUCAACAAAAUGAGAAUCUGCUUAAAAGGCGAAGUUUCCCAUUCUUUGACCACACAAAAGCCCAUUUAGAUCAUGGAAAUAGUAAGCAUUAUGUAUAUAGUACGCUUACCAGAAAUCGAGUUAGACAACCAGAAAAACCCAAAGAGGAUUUGCUAAAAAGUUCUAAAAGCAUGCACAAUGUGACCCAUCCCUUGGAGGAGGGGGAGGUUAUCAAGAGAAACCCUCCAAGUGGCACUACUACCAAAUCAAUUUCUAUUGCUGCUUUACUUGAUGUGAAUAAAGAGGAAUCCAACAAAGAACCCAGCUCAAAGAAGGAAGUUAAGGUUUCCCCAAGUUUUUUGAAAAAAGGAUCUCAGAAAUUAAGGUCAUUACUUAGCCUUACUCCAGAAAAGAAAGAAAAUCUAUCCAAAAAUAAAGCACCUGCCUUUUAUAGAAUGUGUAGUAGCUCUGACACUUUAGUUUCUGAGGAUGAAGAGAAUCAAAAGCCAAAGAAAUCAGAAACAAAAGUUGAUUCAUCUCCUAGAAGAAAACGUUCUUCCUCAUCAAACUCUCAAGGCAGCCUCCACAAGAGUAAGGAAGAUGUAACAGUUAGCUCAUCUCAGGGGAUAAGUGCUGUAACAGAUGGAAUUAAUAAAAUAAUGCCUUCUCCUGGUCCAGUUGAAGGCAAAUUCUUGGAAAGGUCAGGGGAUGCCUCUGCCCCAAGGUUUAAUACAGAACAAAUUCAAUACCGAGAUUCCAAGGAGAUUAAUGCAGUUGUUACUCCUGAAAGAAGACCAACUUCUCCUCCAAGGCCAAAGCCCAAUGAGCUUCUAAGAUCUCAUUCAACCGACCGGCGUGUUUACAGUCGUUUUGAGCCAUUUUGUAAGAUCGAGAGCUCUGUUCAGCCAACAAGCAACAUGCCAAAUACCAGCAUAAACCGUCCAGAAAUGAAAUCCACAACUAUGGGCAACACUUAUGGCAGAUCCAGCCCAAUGCUCAAUUACAACACUGGUGUUUAUCACUCAUACCAACCAAAUGAAAACAAGUUUCGAGGAUUCAUGCAAAAGUUUGGAAACUUCAUACACAAAAAUAAGUGAAAUAUCAUUUCAAACAGCUAUUAAGUUGCAAAAUGAAUGUAGCUAUAAAUAUUUGUCCAAAGAACACCAUGGACAGUUUUU